AUAGAGAAAAUAGGUUAUAUCGUUACUGUAAAUGUUAUUUUGGAACGAUGCUUUCGAAUUUCAGACAUAUAUCAAGAUUUAUUGCCUCUAAAUCUAUAAAACCUAGUAUUUAUUUGAUAAGAAAAAAAUCUAAUAGAGAAUCUGUAUCAGAUGAAAAUGUAUCAAAACCGUUAGGAAAUAUGAGCUCUAAGUAUCAAGUAUAUCAUGACAAAGAUUCAGAAAUUAUAUUAGAUGUGUAUGAAGAGCGUUUAAAAUAUUCACAGCUUUUGGAAGAUGAAGAAGUUGAAGAAGACCGUUAUCAAGGGCUUAACUUAGAGCGUGGUAUAAAAGGAGUAUAUGAUAUAGAGGACUUGGUAGAAGUAUUAAAACGCGAACAGGCACAGAAUAUAUUUGUUGCUGCAGUACCAAAUGAAGUAGUUUAUGUAGAAUACAUUUGUAUUGUAAGCGGUAAAUCUGUAAGACACAUGCAAUCUAUAGCACAAUUUGUGAGGAGACUUUACAAACACAAACGAAAAUCGAAUGAUCUAUUACCAAAAAUAGAGGGUGAACGUUCCAAAGAUUGGAUGGCAUUGGAUUUAGGUAAUAUAGCAUUACAUAUAUUUUCUGAAAAGGCAAGAGAACUAUAUGACUUGGAAUCCCUUUGGAGCUUAGGCAGUGAAUUUGAUGAAGAAUAUAAUAAGCCAGAGCCGGUGUCUGAUAUGUUGGAAAAACAAACUAUUUAUCUAAAAGGAUUAGAACCUGCUUCGUGAUUGAAGGAUAUGAACAAAUUAAGUUUAAUGUAAAUAUAAUAGUUGUUAUUUUUAAACAAUUUUUUUGAAGAAUUGGUAGAAAAUAUUAAAGUUAGAAACUACUGUUCUUAUUCUAUCACUAUACUCUUCAUUUUUUUUGUCUCAAUAUGAUUUUUGUUAACAUAAAACAACAAAAAAUUUGACUUUUCUCAGUCUUAUUAUUUAAAAAUUGCAUGAGUUUAAUUUGCUUAAACAAUAGCUUUUCUCUUUAACCCUGUUCAAAAUUUGUUUUUAUCAGUAUAUUUUGAUCAGAAAAUGACUGUUUUGAGUUUAAUUGUGACAGAAAACUACUUUAGGCAAAAUUUUUUUUUCCAAGUCUAAUAUGUUCAAAAAAGGGAGCUGCAGUUGAAAGUAUUGACUUAUAUUACUAUGGUAAAAAGAAUCAAUAAAAGCUUUCCCAGGAGGAUAUUACAAAUUACAAAGUGUAAUGUCUACACUUCUUCAUCCAUUAAUGGAUUUCUUGUUUUAAAAAUAUGCCUGUAAUUGAUGGUUGAUGAGGACUACCUCAUUCCUAUCGAUGUCACUGUGUUUUACUAUUUUUCAUCUAUGUAAAAAGCAAGAGGCUAAACCCUAUUACACUCUAGUAGUUAGAGUGGUGCCUGCCGAGUAGUUAGAGUGGUGCCUGCCGUGUAGAGAUACCUGUCAGUAUAGAUCUUGAACUAUGACACUCUUCAAAUCAAAAACAAAACUAAAGUAAUUUCCUCAUUGGAUCAAAAAAAUACUUAAAGGUGAAAUUGUUAGUUAUCAAGAUCUCAAGAUAUAAAGUGAUUAAUCAAAUUUCUAAUGCUCCAAAUUUCUCAUAUAGUCAAUUCUAUGAAUACAUAAAAUAGGAAAUCUUCCAAAAUCCUACCAUUCUUAUUUUUUUAUAUAUAUUCAAAAUCAAUUCAAUUUUGUAUCUAUAUACUUUAUUACAAUUUUUAUUUUAUGUUGGAAUAGAAAGUAUAUACACACAAUAAAAAUAUUUUUGUUUCCUCUGAAACUUCUAGGGUCUUUGAUAUGGAAUCUAAAAAUUUAUUUGGACUGAUUUUAGGAUCUAUUUCACUCUCUUCUGAUGAUGUAAUGAUUUCAAUUGGGUUUAUUAAAUCUUCAAAUACACUUAGUCAUUUGCAGUCAUCAAUCUUUUUCUUGAGAAUCUAGUAUCCAUACAGCCAAAGUAAACUAGGAAUUGUUAGAGUUUAAGAGUAGUAUUUCUUCAUUUUGUAUAUUCGUAAAAGUUUUGGACAUGUUUGUGGUAGUAGUAGAGUAGUUUUCUAUUGGCUUGUGUUUUUCUUAUUAAUCUGAAGUAGUUUAUUUUUGUCGCUGGAUUUAUACAAUGCUAUCGCCUUCCAAAACACAAUUGAAAUGAAGACUUCAUUUGUUGAGUGUGUGGUGUACUUUAUAAGGAAUUUUUUUUCAUACAUUCGAUACUGUCUGUUUUUAAAUAUGAACUCAAAAGUAUCUUUGUCACAAUUUUGAAUAACUUCUUAUGAUAUUCCGUUGACUUUUGACCAUUAAGGUGUGAGUUUGAUAUGCUACAAACCAUAGUUGCUGAGAAAGUUUGAUAGUUCUUCUCUGUUCAGUGGUGGACUUGUUAGACUUCAUUAACAAAAACUAUGAUUGGGUAUAUUAGGUAUAGUGUACAUCAAUGAAUAGAUAUUUUUGGUUUGGGAAAGAUCCUGCAUAAUAGUUAGAUACAUGUUGAGUAUAUAUAUGUAUUAAAAAAAUUUCUCAAUUAUUAAGGUUUUUAUAAUUUUUUUCCAUAAAUUCACUUCAUUUCAUUGGUCCACAAUAUACUUGGUUGUAACAAUUAUUUGCAAAUUAAUAUGUAUGUGACAAUUUUUAUAUUCAUUUCUAAAAAAUAUAGAAUGAAAACAUAUAAAUAAUCCUUUUAUGUGAAAAUGGUCAACACUAGAGGAUAAUAUAUUUUUUUGGGGCUGCAUAAUAUUACCUUUUAGCAAUAUCCUAUAUUAUGGUGUAGUUUAACUAGAGUGAGUAACCUGAUAAAGAGUCAUAAAUAGGAAUUGCCUUAUCUAGUUUAUCUGUAAGAGAUAAGAUACAUCAACAAAUAUUUUCCAAUAAUGUGUCACAAAAAACUACAAAUAAGUGUACAAUAAUAUAUUAAUAUGAAUAAUGGGUACAGUAAAAAAUGUACCAAAUAAAAAAGUUUUGUUAACAUAUGAACUUAAUUCCAAGCAAGAUGCUUUAGUAAAUUAUUUAGUACCUUCAGUUUGUGCAUGUAUUCUUUAUAUGUUUUUAAUAGCAGCGGAUAUUGCGGUAAUUUUUAGUCAUUAUAAAAAUGGAGAUCCUAUUUGGGCUUCUCUAACUUUAUUUAUUUUAUAUAUACCAGUAUUGGCAAGUUUCAUUAUAAUUAUUUCUAAUUGGGAGUUGUGGCCUGAAUUUGAGUCUUGCUCAAAAGUGAAUUUAAUAUGGUUUUGGACGAAAGUGUUGGAACAUUUACUUUUUCCAGUUUGGAGUAUGUGGAGGUAUGUAAAUGUUUUUUUUUUUAUUUUCAAACUGUACAAGAAAAACCUUAAUCGAAUGAAAUUCAUUAAUCAUAAAAAUAAUAACUUACUAGUUUUAAACGGUGAACCAAUAUUGAAGAGUAUUUAAUCUACAUUACCUUUUACUAUCUCUAUACAUUUUUUGGAAAGUCUAAAUACAUUUUUAGACAGUUAUUGCAAAAUAUUUUAUGCCUUAUGUUGAAUAACACCAAAAAUGAAGUAGUUGUUGAAGGAAAAUUUUUAAAGCAAAAAGAUGUUUAAAGCAAGGAGACCAACUAUAAACAGUACUCUUCAACUUUUUAUUAAAAAUGAUUCUGAGUAUUAGUGGUAUCAAAACCCGAGGGAUGAUUUACAACAACAAAACAUAAAUCCGUGCCUAAGCAGAUGAUGCAGAUAUAAGUAGAACGAAAAAGGAUUAGGAAAAAUGUUACUACUCUUUGAAAAGAAAGUGAAAGAUUAUGGAAUACGAUAAUCAAACAAAAGACCAAAUAUAUGGAAAAAGAAAGGGAUUUGAAUAACUUCAACAAAUUAAAAGUGACUAAAGAGACUCAUAAAUUUGAUGAAGUCCAGGAACUCGAAUAACUGGGAGUGACAGUGACAGAGAAGGUGGAACCAAAAAAAUCGACAAAAUACUGACGAGUGGGAACAAAACGUUUGGAGCCCUAGGGGGACUACGCAGUUAUAAAACCGACAAAGCUGUAUGGCAGUGAGUAUUUGGCCAUGAUCAAAAAAAAAAGAAAACAAAAUGAACAUUUAGGAGGAGUGCAGCAGUAAAAACAA